GAUUUCUGCUUCCGUUGUAAACAAUGAUGGCAGAAGAUAGUCUGUUUGGAAACGUUAUCAAUGUAAUUGAAAGAAAUGUCACGGAUGCUUUACGACGCAAGGGGAUAAAAAAUGAAAGGAAAAGCAUCGAGGUUCGAAAAAAAUCUCGAGAUUUAAAAUCUGGAGAUAUCAUUUUACCAGCUGGUAGUAUUAAACUUAACGACGUAACGAAAGAGAAUGUAAGUAUUUACUAAUUAAUUACUAUUUCUGGUUUUAAAAAAAAGGCUAUAUUAAGGAGGGAUGCCACUGCGUCUUUUGUGUGUUUAUUAUAGUUGCAGUGAAUUAGGGUUUAGGUUAGGUUGAGGGAUCGAUUUAUGAUUUAGGGUUCAGGUUAGGCAUAGGGAUCGAUUAAGGGUUAGUGUUAGGCAUAGGCCAUAGGGAUCGAUUUAGGGAUACGUUCGUGAAAUUCGAUGAAAAUGUGGGGUAAAAGUGCAGUUCAGGUGUGUAUAUUAUUUCUUAGCGAAUUUCGUAUUUUAAAAAUUUUUAUCAUGUAAACUUACGUGUAUUCUUUAAUAAUUAAAUACAGGCAGUUAUAGUUAACUAAUUCUGAAUUAUAAAUUGCAUUGGCAUUUGCAUCUUUUCUUUUUAUUUUACUUCUAAAGAGUCUUUAAACAUCCCCCAACCAAAGUGACACAGCCCCAUUUGUUUGUAUUUUUAUUUUCACCUUAUGCCAGAUUUUUAGCCACCUAUAAGUUAGUAUGCUAAACAAAAUUUUCAAACUGUAAGCAUGUUCACGAAAAAGAAUGAAAUACUAGAUUUUUCAUUACGCACAAGCGCCCCCCCCCCCCAAAUUUCUUUCUUUUUUUCCUCUCAGAGCCCUCGGAAUAUAGGGGUUGUCCUUUGAAGUCGGGUCGGGGGGGGAGGGGGGAGAUUAGAAGUGGAUCACUGACUAAGGCAGUGGACACACACUUCAUCAUUGUCCUGGACCUGGUGUGAAGCUGAAAAAAAGAAAAGGGGUGGGCGGUGCACGAAUACGUGCCAAUGUGUGAUCACGUGUCCACUUUUUAAAAAAAAUAAAUAUUUGUGACGUUGCAGAAAUGCGGGAAAUCGGAAUGAUAGCGUGGGGUCAUUUUGAUAGUCAUCUCACCCUGAAGGCUGCUAAUACGCUGUCCGUGAUUGGUCAGCUCUAAUUUGAGUACCCCUCCUCUUUUUUCGUUUGCAAAUGCGCUUAUUAAUGGUGACUGAUUUGUGCUGAGUAAAGUGAGGGCUAGUGAUUAUUUUUUUUAUAUUAUAAGAUGGACAUGUUGAUGCAACGGGCAUUUUUAAAGGUGCAGCAUUUGGUUUAUACACGCACCUUGUGGGGCAACAAAUAACGUUAAUACAACUGGAAUUUCUUCUAAGGCGCUCGUAACAAUUGCAAUGUGGCUUGUAAGCUGGGUUCGUAUGUGAGCUCCCUAUAAUUACCGGGAUCUGCAUAUCCCAAAACGGGAUCUCACCCGAAACGGGAUCUCACCGUAACCGGUAUCUAGAGACCGACCGAAUUUCGGCUUCGGUUUCAGCGCCGAAAGUGGCCAUUUUAUCACUUUCGGCCAAGUUUUGGUUUCGGCCGAAACUGAAAAGUUAACUUUCGGCUUAAUUUCGGUUUUGGCCGAAAGAGAAAAGUUAACUUUCGGUUUUUCUUUGGUUUCGGCCGAAAUUGACUUAGACAUCCGCCCGAAAGUGACUCAGGUUUUCGGUCAUUUUAAUACUCAGUGAAAGCGAUAUUUAACAACAAACUAAACCACAUUUAAGAACAAAUUAAGCGAUCUUUGAGAACAAACUAAACGAUAUUUAACAACAAACUAAGGGACAUUUAAGAACAAACUAAGCGAUCUUUAAGAGCAAUCUAAGCCAGCGGUUCUCAACCUGUGGGUCGUGACCCCUUUGGGGUCGCAUGACCCUUUCUCAGGGGUCGCCUAAGACCAUCUGAAACACAUAUGCUCUACAGUUAUGAAGUAGCAACGAAAAUUAUGUUGUGGCUGGGGGUCGCGACAACACGGGGAAAUGUAUUACAGGGUCACGGCAUUAGGAAGGUUGAGAACCACUGAUCUAAGCGAUCUUUAAUAACAAACUUAAGGCUCUAAUAGAACAAACUAACGAUUUUUAAGACCGAACUAAAUGAUCUUUAAGAACAAAACAAAUGAUCUUUAAUAGUAAACUAAAUGAUUUAUAAGAAUAAACUAAGUGAUCUUUAACAGAAAACUAAAUGUUCUUUAGGAACAAACUAAAAGAUCUUUAAGAAAAAACUAAUCUAUCUUAAGGAACAAAAUUAAUUAUCUUUAAGAACAAACUAAUCUGUCUUAAGGAACAAAAUUAAUUAUCUUUAAGAACAAACUACUGACUAGUCGGUGAGAUUCGACUGAAACCGUCGCGGAGAGUCACGUUAUAGAUAUGAGAAUGGGGGAAACGCGCCGGCGCAUUUACACUAAACUUUUCUGUAAUGUAGCAGGCCCCAAAAUAUCGUCUUUCGGGUCACAAAUGGCUCACGGGCCGCGAGUUUGAGACCCUUAUAUUAGAUGUUUAUUUAUUAAUAUUCACGAUUAUCUCAUUUUUUAUAAAAAGAAUGUAAAUGUUUAUACUUUCCCACAUCAUUUUCGAUGUAUGCAGAAUGUAUGCGGGAACGAAUUUCAAAAUAUCUUAAUAUUUCAUUUUCGGCCUCGGUUUUGGCUUCGGUUUCGGCCAAAAUUCAUUUUUAACUUUCGGUAUUUUUUCAGUUUCGGCCGAAAGUCAUUUUAAACUUUCGGCCUAUUUUCGGCUUCGACCGAAAUCAGAAAAUCACUUUCGGUAGGUCUCUACCGGUAUCCCACCGGGAUUGGUAACACACUGGAUCGGGAUCCCACCGGGAUCAGGAUCUCACUUGGAUCAAAAUCCUAUCGGAAUCGGAAUCACACCGAAAUGGGAUCCCACCGGAUUGGGAUCUCAUUUAGUUUGGGAUACCACCGGAAACGGAUCGCACCGGGAUCGGUAUCUUACCGGGAUCGGGAUCCCACCAUGACCAGGAUUCUAUCGGAAUCGCAUCGAGUUCGGGAUCCCAUCAUGAUCCUUCCAGGUGCCAUCAGAAAACGGGAAAAACGAAAGGUUUACAUAAGUUAUUUUAAGUGUUUUUAUAAGAGACAACUUAAUUAUAAUUUUUUUGUACUAUAGUGUUGUUUUGUUGUUGACAUUUCCUUUAAUAAAAGGACGUAGCAGAUUUUUUUUCUGAAUGUAGCCCCGGGCAACCCCGGUUAUAGUUGAUAGUAAAGUUAUAAAAUAAAUACAUCAUUUAUUUUAACUAGAUUCAUCCAACUGGGCAACUUUUAUAAAGUAUCUUUAAAGACAGAAGAUUUACCACAGUGGCUCCGUAAAACACAAAAGUUUCAUAAAAUGUACUUUUUUUAUCUCAUAAAAUUUGUUAAAUUGUUGUUGUAUUCUAAUAAAAAGAUGGUAUGUAACUUUUGAAAUACUUUUUAUAAAGAAUUAACACAAGUUUACAUGGGAAAAUAAGAGAUUCAAACAGAAAUAAUAUACGCACCUGAACUGCACUUUUACCAAAUGUGGCAUUCGUCCUUAAAAUUUACCUAAAAAUUAAAAAAAAUAUACAAUUUAAAAAAAAGUUAAUUCUCAGAUAAUCCAUAGUAAUAGCUAUACUAAAAUGUUUCAGUUCCUUGCUUCAGUUCAAGAAUCAUUUGUCGGGAAUGAAUGCUUUAUCUCUAAAGUUGUACAAGAUCAGCACAGUCUUCUGUCUUUCUACUUAGACAGACCAAAGUUUUGCAAGGCUGUUCUAUCUCAGGUAAAUAUAAGCAGAUAACAUGAUUGUAUAAUGCAUUUUGUUGCCUUGCUUUUAAAAAUGAGUCAACAUAAGCAAUUUGUAUGCUAUUAUAUCUUCUUGCAUUCGUCUUGUUCAUAACAUACAGUGCUUGAAAUGUACCAUACAUACAGUGCUCUUGAAAUUUUAAAAUCAUAAAGUAGAGAAUACUCAUGGGCAGACAUUUUUCCAAAUCUAUUUUCCAGGUUGAUAAGAGUGGGGUUAAAUAUGGCAUCAGGAAAAAGGAAGCAGGCAAAAGUGUAUUCCUUCAUCCUUGCUAUUCAAGCUCUUCAACAGUUGGGAAUUCACUAACAGACCUUCGUAUCUUAGCUGUACAAAACCAUUUAAAAUUUAUCCUGGAAGCUAAUGGGUAAUAGAAAACUGUUUAAACCCUCCUAUUUUAAGUAAUUUAAAUGGUUACAAUUACCUAAAAUUUGUAUGACAGAAGUUUGUUUGAAAUAACAUUGUUUGAUGGAUGUUUGUUGGAAUGGAAUUAUGUUCAAACAGAAGUUUGUUCAAGUUGAAAUAGUGCGGGGAAAACACCCCAAAAAUGUUUUAUUUAAAAGUGUACAUCUUCCCCGUAAAAGUGUACAUCUUCCCCGUAAAAGUGUACAUCUUCCCCGUUUCUAUUAAAAAGUAAUUUGGAAAAUAAAUCAAUUAAUCUAAAUUUAAGUUAUUUUGUUCAAACAAACUUUCGUUUGAAGAAACUUCCAUCAAACAAUUUUCACUUUGAACAGAUUUCUUUCAUACAAAUUUCCAUGCAUGCAUUUACAUAUCACAUUUAAGACAUAUUGUUACAUAUGUAUUUUUUCUUCAUCCUUUUUAAUGUGGAAAAUAGAUGUAGAUUUAAUAACCAACCAUUUAUACACUUUAAUUAAUAUUUAUUAUUUCUAGGUACACUGUGCACCAGUCCAGAGAAAGUGAAGGUGACUUAAAAGCUUUCCUGGAAAGCUCAACCAUUGAUGACACAAGCCAAAAAUUGGAACAGAAUAGAGAAGGAAACAACUUCAAACCAGAAAAUGCUUCUGUUUUAACUUAUAACAUUGUUAGCAGAGCAGAAUGCUCAGGUCUUUGUCUGAGAAAUUUAAAUAAUGAAAGUCAAGCUUAUAAAGAACCUGGUGCAGAGAAUCAUUCAAAGCUAGUUACAGAAAAUUUAGUCUUGGACCUUAAGCAAAUAAUAGCUGAAAAUCAAUUGUUUAUUGGGAAAGAUGGGUUUGACAAAAACCUUAACAAAGUAAAAGGUACGUUAAAAAGCUUGAUUUCAUAUUUUCAAUAUUAUGUUAAAAUUUUACUUGAGUAAGGCGAAUAGCUUGAAUUACAUUACAGGUAUAACAAAGUAGUCAAAUGUAUCAUAAUUAUAGCUUUACAAAGUUUUUAGCAGCAUUUUACACUCACUUGAUCACUUUACCUUUGGGGAAAUGAAAUUUUUAUUUGUGCUAGAUUUUGUCAUGACAGUACUUUGCAUUACCUGUACAAGAGGAGUUUCUUUAGUGUCAGUUUUGACAUAAGUCUCAAAUGGCAUCAUUUAGGCUCUAUUUCUGUAAUGCUCUCCAGUUUAUGAAAACAGUCAACCCACAACUAUUUUAGAAGAUGUAGUCAGGUUUGGUGAAAAACUGCACAAGUUUUCUGAGACAGAGGUAUAUUUUGUAAUUGUUCUGUUAAUGUACUUGGUUAUUUUUUUUAUGUGAGUUACAUGUAACAGAAUAUCCUCAAUGAUUAAUUGCUGUCUUUUUUUGUCUUCAACAAUUACAUCUUUUUUUCUGUACUUUGUUUACAUUAAGUUUAACAUUGUUAACAUUAGUUUAUUUCCUUUUAUGAAAUCACAUUGAAUCAAAAAGUUUAAUUAAAAGUAACUUGAAAGAAAAAUUAAUGUUUUUUUCUCUUCUGCCACCAGUUGUAUGGAUGUGUGCACAUCGUUCCCCAAAGCCUCAGUUUCAGACAACAACAAAUUCAGCUUACCUGGAUGGCAUUAGGACAGAAGAAUCUUUUGCAGGUAAAGUAAAAGUUGACUAGAAUCUCUUUGGUAUCAAGUUUCAUCAUUGUUUGUGUUUAGCCUAAAAAAUUAUUUCUAUCUAUAGCAGGGGUCUCAAACUCGCGGCCCGGGGUCCAUUUGCGGCCCGCCACAUGACAGCAAAGUUUAGUGUAAUGCGGCCCGCGAGUUUUCCCCAUUCUCAUAUCUAUAAUGUGACCCUCCGCGGCGGUUUCAGUCUAAUCUCACCGACUAGUCUAAUUCUGAUUUUUUAUUAUGUUUGCGUAGAUUUGGACGUUGAUUAUAACGGUAAAAACCGUUUUAAAAACGGACUAAAAGUUUUUAUUUCAUAUCAUUUCAUGAGACAAACAAGGUGGCUAAAGUGCGGUUUUGAGAAAAGUUUAAAAUUUUAGCUAUUGGGUAAUGCACAACCACAAUUGUGUAAAUCGUAGCGAUCUGACACAGUAUCAAAGAAUCCCUACUAAAAUUGCCCCUACCGUUAACGAGUUAGGGAAAUUUUCAAGCAUGUGAGCUUAGUUCCAUUUCAAUAUAGGGUUAGUCAAUAAAGCCUUUUCUACGAUUAAAAAAAAAAAAAAUUCAUUCUCCCUAUAAUAGCAUCUUCCUUCGUAUCAAUAAUUCAUAAAUAUUGCCUAAUCCUGCCUACUGUUUGUAGUCUGUACAUAUUUUAGGAUUUUAAAUCUUCAUGAAGAAAGGGGGGGGGGGGGUUCUGAACUAAGUGAUCUCAAAUGGCUCAUGGACUUUGCUUUUCUUGUUGACAUUACCCAGGAGCUGAAUGUACAAAACAAUAAGUUUAGAAGACCAGGGGUAGCUUGCCAGUGUUGCCUCUAACAAUGUCAGGGCAUUCAGCACAAAAUCUGUGUUAUGGUUCUUAGAGAAACCUCUGCCAUUUCCCAACAUGAAAAGUACUCAUGGAUUCGUGAACACCUUUCAGUAGUGAGUAUACUGAUGCCAUUGCAAAGCUACAGGAAGAAUUUGAUCACAUGUUUUUAAACUUUAAAACACAAAGAGCAACUUUUCAACUUUCUGCUGAUCCUUUCUCCUAUAUUGUGGAAUAUAUGAUUUGAGUUUGAGAACCCUGAUCUAUAGUUUUUUUUUUUUUAAAGUGAAAUAAUUGUUAAAAAAUAACUUAAUAUUUUUAUGAAACUUGAAGAAAUAGAUAAACUAAUUUUAAAAAUUGAUUAUUUGGUUCGGUUCCUUUUUUUUUUCAAUAACUCAUCUUUGGUACCUGUAUUUUAGUUUUUACUUAUGUUACAUAGCUUAAAGAAACCUUGCCUUUUCUAUCCAUUUUUUUUCAUUUUUCUUCCAUUAUUAUUCUUUAUAAAGAUAAGUAAAAAUGUAAAUUCCAAUUUUCCCCACUCAUCUUCUUAAGAGUCAGCUUGUUGUUGGUCCAGUCACAAGCAAAGGCGAUGCUGGAGGAUCAACAGAACAAAAGGAAUCAGCUCAGAAUUUUUACAGGUUGGUUUUAUUGGAAAAAGGUACUUUUAAUUUUAUUUUUAUUUUUCGUUUCUGUACUUUUAAAAAAAAAUGUAAUUCUCGUAAGAAAAAGACAUUUUCUGGUAUAUUCAAUCUUAUUAUCCUAAUUCAUUUCUACACAAUUGAAAAUGGAAAAACGUGUUGGACUCUGAAAAAGCUUUUAAGUAGAUUAAUGAAAAGGACAGAAUUGUUUAUAUUUUAAAUAUACAUUUUUUUUGUUUUAUAUACGGUAUACAUUUGUUUUGUUUUAUUCAAUUAAUGCAUGUCAAUUAAUUAUUUCAGAUUUUUAUUAAUUGUAUGUACAGCGUGGUGAGCCCAGCCCUAGGCUGGGGUACCACGCUAUAUAAAACCAUGUAUGAUAAUAAUAAAAAAAAAAAAAUAAAUAAGUAUAAGAGAAUAAAAUCAAUAAAAUAUACUGUGAUUGAUGUGAGAAGAAAGGACUAUUUGCCUUCUUAUUUUGUACUCGUUGAUAGAAGGAAUAUUGAUCAGUAGAUAUUUUAAUUUAAAAAAUUAAAUUGCACAAAUCAAAAUUUCAUAUACGGUAAUUGAUUCUUUAGUUGUUAAUACUAAAAAAUAAAACUUGUUUCAACAUGGCGAUUUCGACAUGGCACUUAGCUGCUGAUAUUUGAUAUAUGAAUUAUAUGUCACUGAAUUGCGUCAUGGAUAUAUAACUCAAUUGUAAAAUAUAGAAUACCGUCUAUUGAUCCUCUUAUUUUAAGGGCAAGAUAUGAGCAGAUGAAAGAAGCUUCAGAAACAAGAUAUGGUGAUGAGGCAGAUGGUGAGUGUAAUAUUUUGCCUCAUAAUCUUGUGUUAUUAGAAUUGCAUAUAAGAUUAAAAGAGCUGAAAAUACUGUGUGUUUGUUCAAGCUUUGGCAGUUACCUCAUUUUGGUGCACUAUGCACAACCAAAAAAAUGGCGUAAUUGAAAUCAUAACAAUUUUAUGUUUCUUUUUUUUUUUUUUUUUGCCUUUUUUUUUCUCUUUCAGUAAGAAAUCAUUUUGAUUUUUUUCUUCUUUUUUUUUGACUUUUUUUUUUUUUUUUUUUUUUUUUUUUGCCUUUUUUUUUCGCUGUCAGUAAGAAAUCAUAUUGAUGUAUCUCUUCUUAUUUCUUGACAUUAUUGUUUUGUUAAUAUUUUGACAAGCUCACAGAGUUCAUCAGUUGACCUGCAUGUGUGUAAAAGUUGACCUGCUUGGUAAUGCUGCACACAUUCCUGUAAGUCAUAGAGCUUUGUUUAAAAUUGGGAUAAUGCGAAUAAAAUUAUUUCUGUGCAGUUACAAAGAAAUUUGUUACUCUUAUCGAUUUAAAACGUAAGAACUAAACUUCUGCAUUGCUAUGAUCAUACUGGUUUUGUUGAAAAUGGAGCUAAUUAAUUGAAAGUUAAAUAAAAUGUUUAAUUUUGAUUGUAAACAGCUUCAUCUAGAUCUAAAUAGUCAGGGCAAGGAUGCUGAAAACAGACAGGGGGCCUUUAUCCUGUACAACGCAGCCAGAUUAGCCACUUUAAUGGAACACUUUUCAAAGAGAGUACAGACAGGUAAGAGGACUUUCUGGUAGCUGGUGCUUUUGUGUUGUUGCCAUGCUUCAUAUCCUUAGUGAGCCUGUUUUAUCCACUGGUGAUGAGAGGAUUGCUGGUGGCUUACUUUGGUGUUGAUGGGCCGCGGAUUUGAACCCCAGGCUGUCGGCAUACUUGUACUGAGUUUAGCGCCUGUGGCAUGCUGCAGCCGCUUAAGAUUAUUAGUUUUUCGUAGCCAUUUUAAGUAUACCAGGUGCUGGUAAAACAUCGAAUAGCCCCAAAGCUGAGGCAAAGGGUUUGGUUCUUUUCGAAACUUUGUUUAAAAAAAAAAGUGUGACUUAUACUCGAGUAUAUAAUAUAUGGUACUUAAUAUGUGUUUUACUUUGUACUUGACCAGGUAUUUACCAAGCACUCCCACCAGUGGAAGAGAUAGACUUCAGCUUACUGAGAGAACAAGUAGGGAACAUUUCUGUACCUUACCAGGAAAAUUGAUUAAUUAUAAAUGACUGUAUCCCAAGAGACUUAAACUUUAAAGGGAUACAACUCAAUAUUUGAAGGGGCAGGGUUAACCUAUUCUAGGAAAGAAUUAGCACAAGGUUGGGGAAAACUUAAAAAAUAAACAAAGUCAUUUUUGUCUUUGUUCAUCUUUUCCUCUACAUUUUGCUACUUAUUCAUAUUCCUUAAACCUGAUGCAGACCCUUCCUCCCCCAUUUUUUAAAAAGUGCUCACUUUUACCAGUCGUUAUAUUUUCCGUGGGUGUGACCCAUCCAAGUGGUUGUACAAUCUAUUAAAUGUAUUUUAGACUAUAAUAUUUACAGUCAAACUGGCAAAAAAAACAAACAAUUAGGCUUGAUAUGAUUAAAUUUGAAUAUUCCUUUUCUAAACUUUUUUUCUUUUAAAUAUUGAUUCGGUUAAGUAAUCAUGACAAAAUAUUGUCAAUAAUUCCCAAAUGAAAACUUGAACUCAUUUUAAAAUCUGCACAAUACAUUGUGCAUACCUCCGUUUGAAAUGCAGAUACUAAAAAACUAACCUGUAAGAGUACUGACUUUAAAAUUUAAACUAAUAUUACCCCAAUUUUCAUUCACAAUAUGGGUGACAUUAAAAACCACAGAUGUAUCAUUCUUCAGAUAUCACUUGCCACUAGCAAAAUUGACUCGCAUAGACUUGGAAUCAUUUAAUUCACAGGAUGACUGGGAACUGGUUUAUUUGUACAUAGCUGCAUUUCCUGAUUUGGUCAAACAGUCAGUGGAGCUCAUCUUCCCAGCUGAUGGGAAGUGUGUGGCCAAGCUACACACUCACAAGGUGAAUAGUGUUGUCUUAUUUCUAUUGUUUUUACUCACCAAUGUCAAUGUAUUAUGUACUGGAUCAAUGAAAAAUCAUGUUGUCAUUAACAUACAUACUUAAACUAAAACAUGUUAAUUACAAAGCAAACACAUUUUAUCACUUGCUCACUGGCAUUAGUGCAAUUAAUAUCAAUACAAAUGAGUGUCUUUUUCUUCCAUUCUAUCUCAACCUUGCUUAUUAUCUUUAAAUGGUAUACAUAUGUCGAUCAUGAUGAUUGAAUGCUUUUAUAGCUCUUGUAUCCAUGCUAUUUUAGCACGCUCACACCGCUCUGAAGUCAUAAAAUAUAUUCAAAGAGAUAAGUCUUUCAAUGUUUCUUAGAUGAUUUUUUUAUCCUCUUUCAAUUUUCCUCAAUGAUUGAGGCAAACUGUUAGAUAAUUUAGGCGCUACGGCUUCAAAAGAACGCACUCCGUCUGACUUCUUUCUGUGUCCAUCCACAUUGGGAACUCUCUGUAAGGACUGUGUUGAAGAGCGCACUCCGUAUGACUUCUUUCUGUGUCCUUCCACACUGGGAACUCUCAGUAAGGACUGUUUUGAAGAGUGCACUCCGUAAGACUUCUUUCAGUGUCCAUCCACACUGGGAACUCUCAGUAAGGACUGUGUUGAAGAGCCCACUCCGUAUGACUUCUUUCUGUGUCCAUCCACACUGGGAACUCUCAGCAAGGACUGUGUUCUUAAGCACAAGGAAUAUUUAUCCCCCAAAACUAAUCUGAGCUGCACUCUAAUUUUAAAAUAAAUAUUUUGGUGGUACCCUGUGCUCACUUCUGCUUGAAAAUAUCUUGUAAAGACAAAUCCUUUCACAAAAACUUUUAAGAACUUAGGCUAUUCCAUCAAGAACUUAGGCUAAUCCAUCAGGAACUUAUGCUAAUCCAUCAAUAAAAUUAGGCUAAUCCAUCAGGAACUUAUGCUAAUCCAUCAAGAACUUAGGCUUAUCCAACAAGAACUUUGGUUAAUCCAACAAGAACUUUGGUUAAUCCAACAAGAACUUUGGCUAAUCCAAUAAGAACUUUGGUUAAUCCAACAAGAACUUUGGCUAAUCCAACAAGAACUUUGGUUAAUCCAACAAGAACUUUGGUUAAUCCAACAGUCUAAUCCAGUUUAUUUUAUACAGGUGACCAAUUUUCUGGUGUCCUUCUGUAAGAGUCUUAGUGCCCACUACAGCAGACAUCAUGUCUUAACUGUAAGUUCACUCGAUUAGUUCUUUAAUAUAUUAUCAAUAACAGCAUGUUCCAACAUGUAUUAAUGAAGAGCUAAUAGAUUUAAAAGAUUAAUUGACUUACUAAAAAACCGAAUGUACAUAUUUUUCUGAACUAUAAAAGAUGUCAAAUGUAAUCAGUUAAAAAAUAAAUAUUGUGCAUGACGGAGUUCUGUUGAUAGUAAUUUAUUAUUAUUAUUUUUUUUUAACAUGGAACUGUUUAAAAUACACUUCUUCAUUAGGAAGGUGACGGCCAUUUGUUACCCCUCAUGUAUGCCAGACUGUAUCUGAUGAAAUCAGCCCACCAGGUCCUAAUCAAUUCACUUCACUUACUUGGAGUUGAUCCCCCCUCCCAUCUAUGAACUG